AUGCUGAUCGAAGCGACGAAGACGUCGUGCACCGUCAUCCCGGCACUGCUGUUGCUCUUCUCGUCGGUUAAUGUUGGAGCGUAUUAUUCAUCGUGCGACAAAAGUUCGUGUUACCCGGCUACUGGAAAUUUAUUGAUCGGUCGGGAAAACCACCUAGUAGCGUCUUCGACUUGUGGAUUGAAACUAAGGGAAAGAUAUUGUAUUGUAAACAAUCUCGAGGAUCGCAAAAAAUGUUUUUGGUGCGAUUCAAGACAACCGUCUCAACCAAAUGCAAAGUAUUCGCUAAGUCACAGGAUUGAUAAUAUUGUCCAUGCGUCUGGUGGUGUAACUUCACAAUGGUGGCAAUCGGAAAACGGAGUGGAAAACGUCACUAUUCAAUUGGACCUUGAGGCCGAGUUUCAUUUCACUCAUUUAAUCAUUACGUUUAAGACGUUUCGGCCGGCAGUGAUGUUGGUCGAGAGAUCUUACGAUUUCGGAAACACUUGGCAGGUGUAUAGAUAUUUUGCGUACGAUUGCGAUUCCGUUUUUCCGAACAUACCAAAAGAACCACCACGCAAUUUGACCGAAGUCGUUUGUGACCAGAGAUAUUCUUCUGUACCUCCUUCUGCGAGUGGUGAAGUGAUUUUGAGAGUGUUGCCUCCCAAUCUACAUCACAUGUAUGACGAUCCAUAUUCACCGGAGGUACAAAACCUGUUGAAGAUGACCAACUUGAGGAUUAAUUUCACCAAACUUCACACGCUCGGGGACGAUUUGUUGGACAACCGAGAUGAGAUUUUGGAAAAAUACUACUACGCGAUCACAGAGAUGGUAGUGCGAGGUAGUUGUUCGUGUUACGGGCACGCUUCCAGGUGCUUGCCACAAGACGGCACGACCAGCAAACCGGACAUGGUGUACGGCCAGUGCGAGUGCACCCACAACACCAAGGGCCUCAACUGCGAGUCUUGCGAGGACUUUUUCAACGACUUCCCGUGGAAACCGGCAAUCGGCCGACAGACGAACGCAUGCAGACGUUGCAACUGUAACAAUCACGCGACCAGCUGUCACCACGAUGCUGCCGUGUUCGAGUUGACCGGAAGGAUAAGUGGCGGAGUGUGCGAUGGAUGUACCGACAACACCAUGGGCCGGAACUGCGAACAGUGCAAGCAAUACUUCUACCAAGACCCAACGAAACCGUUCACCGACCACGAUGUCUGCUUACCGUGUGAUUGUGAUCCUGGUGGUUCUUUGGACGACGGAAUAUGUGAUUCCAAGACUGAUAUGAUCAACGGAUUGGAGUCUGGUCGAUGUCACUGCAAACCCAAUGUCGAAGGUAGACGGUGUGACAUGUGCAAAAACGGAUUUUGGAAUUUCAGCGAGUCAAACCCAGACGGAUGUCAAGUGUGCACGUGCAAUACUCAAGGAACCGUGGACAAUCAGGGUUGCAACAAGGAGACGGGAGAAUGUACUUGCAAGAGGUACGUGGCAGGCAGAGAUUGCAAUCAAUGCAUUCCUGGCUUCUGGGGUUUGUCUGACAGUCAAGAUGGCUGUAAGCCGUGCGAAUGCGACGUCGGUGGAGCGUACAACAACAUGUGUGAUGUCCUCACGGGACAGUGCUUGUGUCGACCCAAUUUAUCAGGACGCACGUGUAGUGUACCGGAGCAAAACUUCUACGUCGGUCCUGUUGACACUUUAGUCAGCGAAGCUGAGUUAUCCAAUUGCGGGCAAGACAAUUGUCAAGUAUUUAUUCGAGAGCCCUACAGAGAUGGCCGGGAUAAUACAUGGACUGGUACAGGGUUUAUGAAAGUGUUUGAUGAUGCUGAGUUAAUUUUUGAUUUGAAGAAUAUACCAGCUACAUCAAAUUAUGAAAUCGUCCUCAGAUAUGAACCACAAAUUCCUUAUGAUUGGGACGAUGUCAGAAUUACAUUGGAAAGAAUGAAACCCAUUGAACCUAACAGUACCUGUGCAGAAUAUGAAGUGAAUUACAAUGCUGGAGAUAUUAGAAGCAUUUUAUUACCACAAGAUUCUAGGUAUGCUAUAGCUACGCCACCAGUAUGUUUAGAAGCAAAGAAAGAGUAUAAAGUGAAAAUUAAUUUCCAAAGAUACAACAACAGAACAAUUAACCCAUCCGCAUCAAUACUAGUCGACUCGCUCGUAUUAAUACCACAUGUGGAAAAUAUGCCAUUUUUCCAUGGAUCACCAGCUAAUGAACAACGACUUGAAGAAUAUAGACGUUUUAAGUGCAAGGAAGCAUUCUACACUAUCCGUAGAGAUCAUUUACUUGAUUCUGAUGUUUGUCAAAAAUAUCAUUAUAGUGUUGGUUUUUAUUAUUUGGAUGGAGCAUUUUCAUGUGAAUGUGAUCCUACGGGCUCAACUAGUGCCAUUUGUGAUUCAUUGGGUGGAAAAUGUACUUGCAAACCAAAUGUAGAUGGAAGGAAAUGUAAUCGUUGUGCUCCUGGCACUUAUGGAUUCGGCCCAGAAGGGUGCAAAGCAUGUGACUGUAACAGUGUUGGAGCUCUGGACAAUUUGUGUGAUGUUUCAACUGGACAAUGUAAGUGUAGAACACAAACUUAUGGAAGAGAGUGUGAUCAAUGUGAACCGGGCUCAUGGAAUUAUCCAAAUUGUCAGAGGUGCAUGUGUCAUGGACACACUGACGGAUGUGACUCUCGCACCGGAGUAUGUCUUAACUGUCAAGGUUUUACUGAAGGAAAUAAUUGUGAUAGGUGUAUUGAAGGUUAUUACGGUGACCCACGUUUGGGAAUAGACAUUCCGUGUCGACCAUGCCCAUGUCCAGGAACAGUUGAAUCUGGGCAUUCCUAUGCUCAUCGAUGUGCUUUAGAUUCAAAAACACAAGAUGUCUUCUGUGAAUGUCAAAUUGGGUACAAAGGUUCUAGAUGUAAUAUGUGUGAUGAAAACUACUACGGAAAUCCGGAAGUUCCUGGGGGCAUGUGCCAUCAGUGUACUUGUAAUAAUAAUGUGGACAUAACCAAGACAGGUAACUGUGAUCCUCACAGUGGAAAAUGUAUGCAAUGCUUAUUCAACACAGAAGGAGACAAUUGUGAAGUGUGUAGAACCGGUUUCUAUGGUGAUGCCAUCCAACAGAUGUGCACAGAAUGUACUUGUGACUUUUUGGGAUCACAGUCUAGAGUGUGUAAUUCUACCACUGGACAAUGCCCUUGUUUACCUAAUGUCAUUGGGUUGUCUUGUGAUGAGUGUAAACCUAAUCAUUGGAAAAUUGCUAGUGGGAAUGGAUGUGAACCUUGCGAUUGUGAUCCAGUUGGAUCUGUUUCCGAACAAUGUAACCAGUUCGACGGGCAAUGUAAAUGUAAACCCGGUUUUGGAGGAACUCAAUGUAAUCAAUGUCAAACAAAUUAUUGGGGUGAUCCAAACAAUGAAUGUUAUGCUUGUGAAUGUAAUCCUGAAGGAUCAGCUACACAACAGUGUAAUCAAACUACUGGACACUGUAAUUGUAUGUUAGGAAUAGGUGGUGAAAAAUGUGAUUCUUGUGCGAGAGGAUAUUUAGGUAAAGCUCCUAAUUGCAGUCCGUGUGGAGAAUGUUUUGAAAACUGGGAUCAAACACAAAAAGAGCUUAGUGAGCAAACAGAGAAGGUAUUUAAAUCAGCAUCGGAAAUAAAAGCUACCGGAACUACAGGUGCUUAUAAUAACCAAUUUGAAACUAUGGAAAAGAAAAUAUCUGAGAUAAGAAAUAUAUUGCAAACAACUACAAAAAGUUCAACAGAUCUUCAAACAUUAAAUGAGGUUAUUGAUCAACUCAGGGUUAAUCUAACUACUAUGGAUCAACUAAAUGUUGUUACAAAAACAAUUGAUAAUACUAUGCAAAGAGUUAUUUUGGCUAAUUUAACAUUAGGAAACCUUAAAGCAAAAGCAGUCAACUUAAAAGAAACUGCACUAAGCUUAAAAAAUAAUUCCACACAACUUCAAGAACGAAACGUUGAAGGUGCCUUAAACUUAACCAAGGAAGCAUAUGAAAAAGCAAAAACAUUAAAAAUUGAAGAGAAUAUACAAGAUAAAUUAUUAUCUGAUGCUGAACAACAGUGUAAAAGAACUGAAAUGUUCUUUGGUCGAAAUGUAAAUUCUUUUAAUCAAGGUAUUAAAGAUAAUGAACUUACAUUGGAAAAAUUAAACGAGGAGAUGAACAAAUUGAAUCAAGAAAUCCCUAAAUUAAACCAACAGAUUUGCGAUAAAGGUGGUGAAACUUGUGAUAAGCUCUGUGGUGGUGCGGGUUGUGGUUUUUGUGGUGGUUUAUCAUGUGAAGCCGGUGCUACAACUAAAGCAGAACGUGCUUACAGCUUUGCUAAAGAAGCACAAAAACAUAUACGUGAUAAAGAAGCCAAAGGCGAAGAGUUGUAUAGAGGUUUAUCACAAGCAAAUCAAGAAUUAAAUUUGGCGUUGGCUAAUGCUAAAAACAUCUCGGAGUUGUCAAAGACGGCCAAAAUACAAUCUCAGAGCAUCCUAAAUGAAAGUUACAAUUUAAUUGACAGGCAUGAUAAAUUUUUGAAUCCUUCAGGAGUCAAAUCUACUGAUGUUGCAAUGAAAGUUGAUGAAGUUCUGAAAUUAAAUAUUAACUUAAAACCCGAACAACUACGUCAACUUUCAGAAGACAUAAAUAAAACGUUAUCCCUACCAAAAAAUAUUGAUACAAUUAUCAGUGAAACUGCUGGUGAUUUGUUAUUAGCUAAAACAUUAAAUGAAGAUGCUGAAAAGAAACAGAUGGCUGCCAAAAACAUACUUCAGGUUGCCGAACGCGUUGAAACAGCUUUAGCUGAAGCACAAAGUAUACAAAAGAAUGUCGAUGAUGGCAUUUUAACAACAAACCAAAAUAUUUUAGAUGCAAAUAAUAGCAUAACAGAUGUUAAGACAGAAACAGAUGUUACCCAAGAAAAUGUUCAGAAAGUCUUAGAUGAUAUCAAUGUUAUAGAAAGUAAAUUGAAAACGCUACAGACUGGAUUCUUAAAAAAUGUCAGAGACGCCAAUGAGGUCAAGUCAGAAGCUAGCACUUUGAUACAAGAAGUAGAGGAUACUGAAAAGAAAGCAUCGCAACUAUUAGCUUCUUAUCGUGAGGCUAGUAACAAGUUAGAUACCCGUGCACAAAUCGCAAAGACCACAAAAUAUAAUUCACAGAAUUUAUUAGAAAAAGCUAGUCAACUGUCAGCGAACACUACUUUAAAAUUGAGAGAACUAGGAGAUGCAGAACAAAUAAUUAUUAAUCAAGAGGAGUCUAUUUCAAAGCUUGUUAAGGAUGUAGAUGACUUGUAUAUUAUGAUGUCAGCAAAUUUAGAUCAAAUCAGUUCACAGUCUGAUCACUAUCGGACUUGCAACAAUUAG